UCCGGAACGGUCGUGUCGUACGUUACUAGUUAAUCGUGCUCUCUGUAUUAAAUAUAAAAUUCGUAAUAGAACUCCGCUGAAACUAUGUAUGAAAAUUAAAAUAAAAUGUGAUCAUUUUUGUCUCUUGAAUAUUAAAUAAAACAGUCCGCGAUGAGGACCCGCUUGCCCCGUUGCAGGCCGUUCUCCACCCGGCUGCUGGCCCUGCUGUUCUUUGUCGUGGCAUUUGGGGCAUACUGCUAUUAUGCCACGUCCCCUUCGAUUCAGAAAACAGGACCCGCUCUAUCGAACGACGAAGAUGAACUAGACCUCAAGGGACCGCCCCCAUUCUUCCACGAACCCUUGCAUCAGGAAAUGGCAAAUGCUGACAAAUGCGUCGCGGUGAAGCAGAGCUCUGCCGACAUCGACACCGUCGCCAUCUACCCGUCGUUCGAGUUCCAGCCAAGUUGGGUCCGGACCAAGGAGUUCUGGGACAAGACGUUCGAGGACCGCUACGAGAAAAUGCGCAAUGACACCACCAGGCCUCCCUUGAAGGUUAUUGUCGUGCCUCAUUCCCACAAUGAUCCCGGAUGGCUGAAGACCUUCGAACAAUAUUUCGAGUGGAAAACAAAAAACAUCAUCAAUAACAUUGUGACAAAGCUCCACCAGUACCCGAAUAUGACGUUCAUUUGGACCGAGAUAUCUUUCCUCAACGCGUGGUGGGAACGCUCGCACCCGGUCAAGCAGAAGGCUCUAAAGAAGCUAAUCAAGGAAGGUCGUCUCGAGAUUACAACUGGUGGCUGGGUUAUGCCUGACGAAGCUUGCACACAUAUCUAUGCGCUUAUUGAUCAGUUUAUUGAAGGGCACACUUGGGUGAAGUCAAACCUGGAGGUUAUCCCGAAAUCGGGCUGGUCCAUCGAUCCGUUCGGGCACGGACCCACUGUGCCUCAUCUACUCGACCAAAGUGGUCUCGAGGGCACCAUCAUCCAGAGGAUUCACUACGCGUGGAAACAGUGGCUGGCGCAGAGGCAAAUCGAGGAGUUCUACUGGAUUCCAGGUUGGUCGUCUAAGAAACCUGGACUUAUAGUUCACAAUCAGCCAUUCGAUAUUUAUUCGAUCAAGAGCACCUGCGGCCCGCAUCCGUCAGUUUGCCUCAGUUUCGACUUCAGAAAAAUACCCGGCGAAUAUUCUGAGUACACGGCGAAGCAUGAGGAAAUCACCGACCAAAAUCUGCAUAGCAAAUCGAAGACGUUGAUCGAAGAGUACGACCGUAUCGGAUCUCUCACCACCCACAACGUAGUAUUGGUGCCGCUCGGAGACGAUUUCCGUUACGAAUACGAUAUAGAAUUUGAUGCUCAGUACGUCAACUACAUGAAGAUGUUCAACUACAUUAAUAGCCACAAGGAGUUGUUCAACGCGGAGGUCAAAUUUGGAACGCCCCUCGAUUAUUUCAAUGCUAUGAAGGAAAGGCAUAACAAUAUUCCGACACUGAAGGGCGAUUUCUUCGUAUACUCUGAUAUAUUCAGUGAGGGUAAACCAGCAUACUGGUCUGGUUACUACACCACACGCCCCUAUCUCAAAAUACUGGCGCGUCAAUUUGAACACCAGCUCAGGACAGCAGAAAUUCUAUUUACUCUGGUCUUCAAUUACAUCAAACAAGAAUACGAUAGUAGGUUGAUCGGCUCGGUGAAGAAAUUGGAGAAAUCUUAUGAGCAACUGAUCACAUCUCGACGCAACCUUGGCCUGUUCCAACACCACGACGCCAUCACCGGCACCUCAAAGGCCAACGUCAUGUACGACUACGGAACCAAACUGUUCACGUCCAUCUAUCAUUGCAUUCGUCUGCAAGAGACUGCAUUGACGGCCAUUAUGAUUCCAAACGAGAAACUGCAUACUAAAAGCGUUCUUCAAAGCGAAGUCGAGUGGGAAACUUACGGAAAACCGAUCAAGAAGCUGCAAGUUUCUUACACUGACAAGAAGAAGAUUGUGCUCUUCAACCCGUUGACGGAGGAACGCACUGAGGUCAUCACCGUUACGUCCAACACGACCAACCUAAGAGUCUACGAUAACCGCCAAAGGAAACACGUCCAGUACCAAAUAACGCCCAACAUUGACAUCCGCCCGGACGGCAAGAGAGUGAUCAGUGAGACUAACUUCGAUAUUCUGUUCGUGGCCACCGUUCCUCCCUUGAUGUCCGUGUCCUUCAACCUGGAAGAGCACGCCAACAAGUCGCAGCACUGUGAGGUGUUCUGCAACAACUGCAACCAGCCCGACAAACCCGACUCAGAGAAACUCUUCAGCGCCAAGAAAAUGAUGCCUGGCGACAUCCAACUGGAGAACUCGUACUUGACACUUCUGAUCAACAGGAACACUGGCUUCUUACGGCAAAUAUUCAGGAAGGAGGCGAGGAAACGUAACGUGGUUGAAAUGCAAUUCGGUGCGUACCAGAGCGCUCAGCGACACUCCGGCGCCUAUCUGUUUAUGCCUGACUACGAUUCACCAGAAAAAACCGUCCUGAAUCCUUACUCCAACAUGAACAGCUUGCAAGACGACAACAUCAUCAUCGUUUCGGGACCGAUCUCAACUGAAAUUACAACUAUGUACCUGCCGUUCCUCGUUCACACCUUGCGCAUUUACAACGUGGACGAACCUUCGCUGUCCCGGGGCGUGUUCAUUGAGAACAUCGUAGAUUUCGAGAGCCCGCCUAAGAACAGGGAGACGGAAUUGUUCAUGAGAAUCCAAACUGACAUCCAAAACGGUGAUAUUCCGGAGUACUAUACCGACCAAAACGGAUUCCAGUAUCAGAAGCGGGUGAAGAUCGAGAAGUUGGGGAUUGAGGCCAACUAUUAUCCGAUCACGACUAUGGCCUGGUUGCAGGAUGAGGAGACUCGCUUGACGCUGGUAACCAAUCACGCUCAAGGGUCCGCGGCGUUUGAGCCGGGCAGGUUGGAAGUGAUGUUGGACCGGCGCACUCUCUACGACGACUUCCGUGGCAUUGGCGAAGGGGUAGUGGACAACAAGCCGACCGUUUUCCACAACUGGUUGUUACUUGAGCCGAUGAAUGAUCAGACUCGGACGAAGCGCGACACCAGCGAGAAAGGCUUCGGGCAUGUCAACCAGCGUCACUUCAGCCCGGACCAGAAGGACGCUCGCUACGAACUGCCCUCGCAGACCGCGGAGUAUUUGAGCCGGACGUUGAACUACCCGAUGAAUACUUACCUGAUCGAUUCUAGUGAAGCGGGUGAAGUAGAAGUGAAGUCGCACCAAGGUUUCGUGGAUGCUUUCCCUCCAGGGGUGCAUCUGUUGACGCUGCGGACGAUCACAGAUGAAGCUCUCGAACAGUUCCCUAGCAAGGAGGCCUACAUGGUGCUUCACCGGCCCGCCACCAGCUGCACCGUCGGAGAGAGAACCAAGAAGUCCGGCGUCUUCUCGCCCAAAGCAAGAAUCAACGGCCUACCCAUCAACAACUUGACUUUAGUCAGCUUGACCGGUCUGAAGGAGUACAAGGUUCUGACUGGACUGUACGACAUCAAAAUAAAACCGAUGGAGGUGAAGACAUACAAGAUCAGGUUUUGAAGACUGUUAGCGAAUAGGUAAGUGUAUUUGUAAUUUUAUAAAAAAAAACGUGUAGCGACUUGCCUAAUGGUUAUGAAAUUUAAAAUGAAAGGUACAGUUGAACUAGUUCGUUUUGAAAGCGCAAAGUUUUCGUAAAUGCAAAAAUCGAAAUAAUAAAAAUCAAAUACCUAUUUAUUUAUUGCAUGUUGACCCCAAAUAUAUUAUUUUAUCAGGAAAGUCUUGUUUAACCUAGAUUAUCUACCUCAGGACCAAAUGAUAUACCUGUUUUUGAGUCUAUAAAUAAUUAAUUAUCAUUCUACCUUUAAGAAAAUUUAAAAAUAUAAAGCAUAAACGUCCACUCUUUUUUUAUAACGCGUUAUUUUGCAAUUAAUUAUUAAAAUAAUAAUUAAUCAAAUAUUGGACAUGUUUACUAGUAAAUUAAUUACUCUUGGAACAGCCGAGUUUUGCAGCUCGAAGGAGCAUUUCUUUCUUAGACAAUAUUAUUAAUAAAAAAAUAAUCUCUGACAGGGACAUCCUUUAAUUAACUAUCAUAAGUUAGGUUUGUACUGUACUACUUUUAUAUAAUCUUUGACCUUAGACAUUAUAAUAUAGUCAAUGGCAUAUAAUUUUAUUACUUUAAUACCAAGAUCUCUUCAGAAAAAUCAUACUCAAGAGAUCUCAUUAGUCCAAAUGACCGGUUGAAUGAAUGACCAAAUCUGGACACAUCAAAUAUUGUAAUUAACAAAGAAUCAAGUAAUGAUGGCUUGAAGAAAUCAAAUUUCUUGAUAGUAAUCAGAAAAUAACAGCAUCAUCUUUGAAGAAUUAAAUGAAAGGGCUUUUAGUUAAAUCCCCGGGCGAAACAUGAACGCAAGAACGCGAUUGUGAUUGUUUGUACCGUCAAUUAUAAAAUGGAUCUCACUCCAUUAUUAUAAUUGACUAAACUCCGGAACUACCGGGUACUUGUUAAUAUUUCUUGGAUCUAUUCUUCUUACUUUUACAGCUCUUUUCCUGCAAACAACUACUCUGCAUAGCUUUCGCAUUAUUUUCUUAACUUAUCGUUUCUGUAGAUAGAUAUUUAUUCCAAUUUAUUAGAUUAGUUAACUGUGAUAGUGUCCAUGACAUAAUAUGUGUGCACCUUUUCUACUCGUUUGCUAUAAUUAUUCAUGUGAUGCAUUUCUAUACGCCAUUUUAAAAAUUAUAGCCUAAAUAGAGUUAAAUGGAGGUCAGGAAUCACGUAGAAUAGCAAUACUUUAUAUUAAGCAUUUUACAAUUUUCUAUAGUAAUGAAUUAUAUUUGUAAUCGUCGUUCAUCGACAGACAGCAUGUUCCAUCUAAGGUAGUUAUAAUGUGUGUGUAAUUCUUUUUGAUGUAGAUUUUUUUUUGGACCAUUUUACUAUCAAUAAUCUGAAAUUGUAAUUAAGUUACCACACAACUUAUUGAUUUAGACAAAUUUUCCGUUUCUUGUUAUAAUGCUGUGAAGCUUUCACAUUUAUAAACACGUUUAUUUAUUUAUCGAUGUGACAGUUUUUUCAUGCUAUUUAUGAUUAAAUACGCUAUUUUAUGAUUGAUGAUGUAAUUUUUCUAGUUUUUAUGGAAUCUCAGUUGGAACAUGAACGAUAAAGCCUUUGGUAUACAGUGGGAUGAGUGCUACUGUCAAAAUAAAUGAUAUUUACUGUCAGAAUAAAAUGACAUACCGCGCUCACACUAUGUUGCAGUCAGCCGGCUGUGUACCAGAGGCUUUUUGUAGGAUUAUAAUAGGUAUUUAAGAAUCGCCUAUUUGCGAUGACUAGAUGUUGAUAUAACUUUUAUUAGUAACACUUGACAUUUUAGGGUGAGUCCACUUGUCUAUCGUUGUCUUGGUAUAUUGAAGCCCGGAGAAGUCUUAUGAAAGCUAGUUAUAUAUUGUGGGUUUGCGCAUUCGUUCCUAUCAUCGUAAUUUCGAGGACUUUGAACCGUUUCGACCGAAAGGGAAGUGGAUUAACUCACUUUAUACACAACUAAUGAAUCUAUAUAACUUUAGGAUUAGUAAGUGUGCGCAGACAAUUUCAUUCCAUCACCAAGAAGUUAUUGAAAUUAUUUAUUAAUUAUUAGUUAAAGUAUUAUAAUUCGUUGUUGUUGCAACAAGGUGACGUUGUUUCCCCUAGAAUUAUAUCUUUGAUUAUUGCCGCAUGCAUAUUUCCAUUAAAAGUGAUGGUUUGCUUUCGGUGAAAAUACGCUGCGGCAACUAAGUUAUAUUUAAUAGAAUCAAAAUGUUGUUUUUGUCAAAUAUUACUAUGGGUUAUUUGAUCCCCACGCAUUUAACGUAAUAGAUUUAUUUUAAUGCUCCCUAAUUUUAUUUGUAUAUAAAUAUUUUAAUUGUAUAAUCAAAUAGGAAAUAGUAUCUAAUAAUACUUUUCAUAAUUCGUAGAGAAGUUGAUGUUUCAUAUAAUGCAAUAUUCGGGAUAUUGUAAUAGUAAAGCAAUUUUGCAAUAAAAGGCCAUAUUUUAUUAAUUAACUUCUCUAACGUGGUUUUGCCUGUACUAUCAGAAUAAAUACUCCAAGAACCUGUAUUUACAGUCAAUUUGACUAGCUGGCUUUUGGACAAAAUGUUUUUAUAGUACAAGGAAUGUUUUGUUUGGCGACAAUUUGGUAUAAUUUAUUUACAAUAUCUACCUAGUUGAUAUUUCAUUAAUAGAAUUUUGUAAUUUUUGCACGUCUGCGAGUAGACUGACAUGUCCUGUCCAUAAUAUUGUUACCUUUUCUUACUGUUUUUGAAAAACAAAAUUUGCUGUGGAGAACUUCUUGUUUGAGAUUUUGGUGACUUACGCAUAUUCCAAGUGGCAAUCACAUUAAAAGAUGUUAAGUAAUAGAAUAGGGCCGUCAAUAAGGUUAAUACAUAUUACAUGUCUGUACUUUUUAAA